AUGAUUGAAUCAGAUGACGAUGCCUUUUAACUGCUAAUCAAAAAGAAGAAUGACACUAAAACAACCAUUGCUGGACUAUAAUAAAUUUAAAUUCCAUUCUCUUUUACUCCUAGAAGUAUCAGAUCUUAUAAGUGUGAGUUGGUCGUUGCCAUGAAUGAAAAGAUUAAAUGGAGAUAUCCUAUUACUGGACACACUGAAUCAUUUGCAACUGGAAAAUUUACGUAAUUUAAAACUAAAUGCAGAAUCUCAUUCUUAUAAGAAUUUAAAUUUUCAUUGCCUGGAGUUGAUAAAAUUGGUAAAUCUAAUUUCACAUUCGAAAUCAAGAAUAUUUCAGAAGAUGUUAAGAUGCUAGUCGAUAAAUUCUUUAAAAUCAAAAUGAUUCAAUCCUCUGCUGAUGAUUGUGAUGAGGUUCAUUUUGAUGCUGCUUUUAUCCCCUUAAAACCUUUUAAAGCUAAUUUUGAUUUGAUUAUCAAAAGAGAUAUUGGGGGUGUUUGGAAAUUUCCCAUGAAUCUGGAUGCUACCGAACCUGACAUAGAUGAUCUCAUCAUUAUCACUAGUCCACUCAAUAAGCCUACUAGUGUUUCAUUUAGAAUAACUAAUCGUACUAAGCAUCAGGCUACUUUCAGAGCAUACUUCACUCCAGCUUCUGAUUAAGAAUUUUCAGUUACUCCAAAAUAUGGAGAAUUGUAACCAAAUGGAAGGGAGGGCACUUAAUUCAUCAUUACUUUUACACCUCUUGAGUAUGGAUAGAUUAGAUCUGGUAAAUUGAUUAUUGAGACUGAUGACAUGUAUUGGUCUUACAAAGUCAGAGGCACCUUACCAAAGUAUGAACCUCCAGUUGCCUAACCGAAGGUUGACGCUAAACUAAUUGCAAAUAAUAGCAGCAAUUUCAAACCAAAGAACUUCUUAUAAACUAAUAUCAAGCGCAAUCAUUCACCACCUAGCAUGCAUUAAAAAUCCACAGCGAUUACAAAUUUAAACUUCAGUAGAAGAACCUUUGGAGCAACCCUUACCAGAGAAACCAAAUCAGUUCAAUUAAUGAAAACGUAGAAAUUAGAAUGA